ACCAAAAGGAGAUCUUAGCGAUAACUAGGCAAUUUCCGAAUGUACUAGUCUAGACUCUAGAUGUGCACUUUAAUGUAGCACUAACCAUAAGCAUAUAUUCCCAACUUAAGUGGUGGCUUUCACAGAAGAAACACACAUACACACACACUAGCAUUUCUGAAAUGGACUCAUCAACUGCUGUAAGGAGAAGUAGCCGGUUUUCUUCAUAUGAGAGGCUUCUAGUCAUCAUCUUCACCAUAGUAGCUGUGAUUUCCCCUCUUUACAUUGAUCGAAGAGCAACGAUCGAGCUCGAAGAUGAAGAAGAAGAAUCACUCAAUGUGGCAUCUCUUUUACCUCUACUGGUCUUGGUUGUAAUCCUGGCGAUUUUCAUAUCCUGCUACUUGGAACAGAACAGGUUUGAUCCUUACUGGAUUCACAGAGUUGGGGGUUCUUCUGGAGGGAUUAUUCUUAUCCUCACUAUUCUUAGUCUAGUUUUGAAGUAUAAAUCAUGAUGUUACUUUACAGUCAAAGGGUGGAGAUUCUAUUGUAUUCCUUUUUUUUUUCCAAGGUAGUUUGAAGUUUAACUUCAGAUGUUAUUAGUCUUUGUAUGUGAUUAGUCUUUGUAUGUGACUUCAGUAUAAGUGUACAACAUGAUUCAAUGAGCUCUUGUAUUUAUUUUAGCUAGACUUAACAUUGUGAUAGUAAAACUUCCUAAUUGUGUAACUCAAUCCAAGGGGAAGGUGAAAUUAAGAAUUUUUUU